UCAGUACACAGUGUUUCAUUAUCCCUUAUAUUUUUGUAGGUACGGGAAGCAAGCAGUAAGCAAAUGACAGAUACAUUAAAUUCUUACGGCCGUAUUGAUUUAUUUCGACCCUACUUUGACGUAGAACCACGUCAAGUCCGAAAUCGCUUAAUACAGUCUUUCAUACCUCGAAAGCCUUCACAGAUGAAUGUUUCAAGUGAUAUGUAUGGGCCAACAAUGAUUAUCUUUACUUUGGUUGCUUUGCUUCUCUAUUCCAUGAAAUCAUCCGGGUAUACAGUUCAAGAUGGUACUUUAAUCGGUACAGCAAUGAUUACUUGUUUCGGUGCUUGGUUUUUCAUGUCUUUGGUGAUAUAUACAUUGUGCUUGAUGUUUAAUGUGGAUAUAUCUUUUAUCCAUUUCUUCUCGUUAUAUGGAUAUUCCUUAUGCAGUCAUUGUGUAGUACUUUUACUGACAAUAGUAUUCCAUCCAUUGCAUUCGCAUUUAUUCUUUUACACAACAGUGAUCAUCUUUUGCGUCCCGUCCGUCUUACGAGUGAGCUUGUAUUUAUGUUCACGGACUCACGAUAAAUCUCACAAAUUAUCUAUUACUGUGGCAGCUUAUAUAUUGCACCUUAGCUAUCUCUAUUACUUACACUACGGCUUCCAUGUCGUUGUUGAAGAAAUUGAUGAGAUUCUUGGCGAUGUGCAACAAAGUUCAGUAAUUUCUUUGCCGUUAUCCGCAAUUUGAUACGAUGCCUUAGCUUCUCGUGUUUCUAUUAAUACAACUUAUCUAAUUCUUCGAUCUAUUUAAUAUAGUUCAUGUACACAAUGCAAACUUUGGUUAUCAAAUGAUGCGAGUCACAUAGCUGGUUAAUCUUUGCUCCUUUGCUGGAUGAUGAAAUAGCGUCCUAUAAUUUACGGAAAUAGUAUUUCGUUUAUCAUUCUGUUCAAUUUUCGUCAGAUAUGUAAUGAGACAUUACAUGAUUAUUAUUGUUGCAUUGAUUUCGUUAACUGUACGUUUCAAUAAUGGAAAACAUAGUCUGAAAUGUUAAGCGACAUUUCUACAAUUCGGCAUGCGAUGAGGCAAUGGGGUCUUUUUCUAACAAUUUGGAUGAGACGUGAAAGAAGUUCCAGUAAACUCAAAGUUGCUCAUCCAUACACAUAACGCAGAUAAUAAUUCAUAUGUUUUAUAAUUCAUACACAUGACACAGUUUCGUUUACUAUUUCCAGUAAUGAAAAAGAU